AUGGCCGAAGUUCCCAUCCACCGUGGUUGGAUGUAUGACCGUUGUUAUCCUGGAAGAAGAGGUUUAAAGGAAGAUUUUAUCAUAGGAGUUGAGGACUUUAUUUGGACGGCUCGACAAUAUAAAUAUUAUGCUCUUGAUGGAGGGAUUAGAUGUCCAUGCUUAAAGUGCCAAUGCACUAAAAUUUUGAAAGACGAGGUGGUUAAAGUUCAUUUAUACCAAAAAGGAUUCAUGCCAAAUUACAAGAUUUGGACAUUUCAUGGUGAAGAAAUGCCCUCUGUUGAUUUGACUGCACAAGAAAAUUGCCUUCAUAGUUCAAGUACUGUUGCACAUACCUCUGAGAUGGAUCAAUUUAUGUAUAUGCAAGAAAUGGUGAAUGAUGCGCUUAAUCGACAUCCUUCAUUUGAAGAACAAGACAAUAGCCGUUUAGAAGAGUCUCCAAACGAAGCCACUCAGAGGUUUUACAAUUUAUUGGCAGAGGCAAAUCAACCUGUAUUUGAAGGGGUAACAGAGUCGAAACUAUCAGUAUGCGUUAGACUUUUGGCUUGCAAAUCUAAUUGGAACAUUCCUAACCAAGCAUUAGACAAUAUGGCAAAAAUCUAUUUAGAUCUAACACCACCAAAUAAUUCUUUACCAAAGAAUUAUUAUGAAGCCAAGAGAUUAGUUUCAAAGUUGGGAUUAGAGUCUAAGAAGAUUGAUUGUUGUGUUAAUGGGUGUAUGCUUUUUUAUGACAACGAUAAUGGCAAAAAUGAUGCAUCAUUACUUGAAUGCAAAUUUUGUGGACAAGCUCGAUAUCACACAAUCCAUGCAGGAAGAAGGCAAAAAAAACCAAUUCCAUUGAAGUCUAUGUUCUACUUGUCUAUAAUUCCAAGAUUACAAAGAAUGUUUGCUUCAAUGGAAACAGCACAACACAUGACAUGGCAUUAUGAGAACAAAACUCAAGGAGUGCUACGUCAUCCAUCUGACGGUGAAGCCUGGAAGCACUUCGAUCGAAAACAUGAAUCCUUCGCCAGUGAUCCUCGUAACUUUCGACUUGGUCUAUGUUCGGAUGGAUUUAAUCCAUACAUCCAGGCAUCGUCUUCACCAUAUUCUUGUUGGCCUGUGAUUGUUACUCCAUACAAUCUUCCUCCUGAGAUGUGUAUGACAAAGCCUUUCAUGUUUUUAACAUGUCUAAUACCAGGUCCAUGUAAUCCAAAGGCAUCCAUAGAUGUUUAUUUGGAGCCUUUGAUUGAUGAUUUGAAUAAGUUGUGGAAUGGUAUUUGGACGUAUGAUGUUUCAAGGAAGCAAAAUUUCCUUAUGAGGGCGGCUUUGAUGUGGACAAUUAAUGACUUCCCUGCAUAUGGAAUGUUAUCUGGUUGGAGCACACAUGGUAAAUUAGCUUGUCCACAUUGCAUGGAGCACACUAAGACAUUCACAUUGAAUUAUGGUCGGAAAAGUUGUUGGUUUGACUGCCAUUGGAGGUUCUUGGCCAUUGACCAUCCAUUUAGGAGAAACAAAAAGACAUUUCGCAAAGGGGAAGUUGAAACGGAUAGGCCACCUCCUAGGUUAACCCCAUCACAAGUUUGGAGAAGGGUCAAAGAUUAUCCAAAAGUGACUGAAACUGGUGUGACAAGGAUAGAUGGGUAUGGAGAGUGA